GGGCAGGAACUGGGGGGCGCACGGCGCCGCGCAGUCCCGCCUCCUACGGCAAGUCGGAGGUGGCAAGAUGGCCGCCGCUGGGGAGGGUGGUGGUGUUGGGGCUGAAGCGGACCGGGAAUUGGAAGAGCUUCUGGAAAGUGCUCUUGAUGAUUUCGAUAAGACCAAACCCUCCCCAGCACCCCCUCCUACCACCACGGCCCCUGAUGCUUCGGGGCCUGAGAAGAGAUCUCCAGGAGACACUGCCAAAGAUGCCCUCUUCGCCUCCCAAGAGAAGUUUUUCCAGGAGCUGUUCGACAGCGAGUUGGCUUCCCAAGCCACUGCAGAGUUCGAGAAGGCAAUGAAAGAGUUGGCUGAGGAAGAGCCCCACCUGGUAGAGCAGUUCCAAAAGCUCUCAGAGGCUGCUGGGAGAGUGGGCAGUGAUGCGACUUCCCAACAAGAAUUCACUUCUUGCCUAAAGGAGACAUUAAGUGGACUAGCCAAGAAUGCCACCGACCUUCAGAACUCGGGCAUGUCAGAAGAGGAGCUGACCAAGGCCAUGGAAGGGCUGGGCAUGGAAGAAGGGGAUGGAGAAGGAACCAUACUCCCCAUCAUGCAGAGUAUCAUGCAGAACCUGCUGUCCAAGGAUGUACUGUACCCGUCACUGAAGGAGAUUACGGAGAAGUAUCCAGAAUGGUUGCAGGUUCACCGAGAAUCUCUACCUCCAGAGCAGUUUGAAAAAUAUCAGGAGCAACAUAGUGUCAUGGGCAAGAUAUGUGAGCAAUUUGAGGCUGAGACCCCCACAGACAGUGAGGCCACUCAGAAGGCUCGUUUUGAGGUGGUGCUGGAUCUUAUGCAGCAGCUACAGGAUUUGGGUCAUCCUCCAAAAGAGCUGGCUGGGGAGAUGUGUCCAAAUACAAAAUCAGAAUGGGCGUAUUUGGGAGUUGACAGAAAAGCCAAAUAGAAGCCACUGAUACUGCACCCCACCUCUGCCAAGAUGGUAAAUAAAAAGUAAUAAUACCGCAUUUUGGGGAAGAUGGCAGCAAUUAGUUUCACCUUUCUGGCCCUUGCAAACAUCGGAUGGGCUGUGGUGGAUUCCAGUGGACUGCUGCAAACUUAAGCAAGUAGUAAUCUCGGUGUCCUGUGUCGGAUGUACUUACUGGAGAGCGAAGCACAGCCUCUGAUGUAAGUAUGUGGCUAUUAACAUGUAGUACUUACCUUUUAUAGAAAGUUUGCUGACCCCAGAUCUAGUAAAUAUGUUCUUUCUAUAUACCAAUCAGAAGAAGUUUCAGAAGUAGUUUAUAGUCAGAAAUGAUGGGCAACAAUAUAUAUUCACAGUCUAGAUCUAGAGCUACUUUAAUUCUCCCCUUUUCUGUCACAGUAUAGUCCAAAAGGACCUGGACAUUCUGCAGAAUAUCACAUUUGUUUGCUUUAUUAAGCUUGUGCUCUUCAGGUAUUAGGGAUAGGCUAAUCAGAUCUGAUGAACAAGCAGUUCAGAUAUUCAGGAUUCCUUGGUGAGACACAUACACUUUUGAAGAUUAAUUCUUCAAAAGAUGCAGGGCCCUGCCAUGUUGGUUAUUAGGUAGGUGUUCAGUGGUCUGGAGCAUUCUGGGACAUCCUCUCUAGAGUAAAGCUAAGUUACUUUAUCUUUACCCCAAGAAAGAAGCAGUGAGUUGGUAAGCCUCUUCCAGUUUUGGAAGCAGCAUAUUAUGAACUUAGGAAUGCGGGAAAGGCCUCUACAGCAAGUCUAGGCUGUGAUACUGCCAGUCCUGUUGCUUGGGCUAUAUCACGUGGAGAAUAACAUGAUACUAGAGGUGUUUGUGGUAGGGAAAGGUGUGUGGAUUCUGUAGCAAUCUACAGUAGGAAAAUUCCAGCACAGACCUCUAAGGUUCUGGAGUAAGACAAUGCUACCUAUAGCAGACAAAGUUUCACCAUUUGCAAAGCAUCUCCUUUGCUUUGCUGGAGAUUCAGUGCCUGACCACAACAUAGCAAGUGACUAUGUGACCAGUUGCCGAUACAACCAGCCUAUUACUGUCAGACAUGCAAAGUCAUCAGAUUGGGUAGAUGCAAUAGCUAUAUAUAUUACAGUGGAUAUUGUACAGUUUGCAAGAAGCCCAAGCAAACCUGGUGGCCACAAGUAAGUUAAAUUGAACAAAGUGCCCCAGACCUCCAUAUUACCCACAUCUCUUGCACCAGUAAUACCUUUCUCUUACCUCAUACCUAUGGCAACAUAGAAUUCCUUCAACCAUUUGACAUAGGAGGAAAAAAACUAGGUCUGGUUUGUGGAUGGUUUGGCUUGAUCAUGUUAGGGCGGGUCAAAUAUGGACUGCUGCUUUUUUAUUUAUUUAUUUUUAAUUAAUUUUUUUUAGCUGUACCCAUGGCAUGUGGAAGUUCCAGGACCAGGGACUGAACCUGCAUCACAGCAGCAACCAGAGCCAAAGCAGUGACACUCCAGAUCCUUUAACCUGCAUUGCCAUGAGCUGUGGUGUAGGUCGCAGAUGUGGCUCAGAUGCCGUGGCUGUGGCGGUGGCAUAAGCUGACAGUUGUAGCUCUGAUUAGACCCCUAGCCUGGGAACUUCCAUAUGCCACAGGUGCAGCCCUAAAAAUGAAAUAAAACAAUGUGGUAAUGACACAAAAAUAGACAUAGAUGCCAGUGGAGUAGAAUUAAAAGUCCAGAAAUAAACCCAUACAUCUGUGGUAAACUGAGUUUUAACAAGGGUGAAAAAACCAUCCAGUGGGAAAAGAAUAGUUUUUUCAACAAUCAUGCUGGGAUGACUAGAUAGCCGCCUGCAGAAGAAUGAGUUCAGUCCUUACCUCACACCAUAUACAAAAACAACCAAAAAUAGAUCAAAGACCUAAAAGUAGUAAGUAAAACCAUAAGGCUCUUAGUGUAACACAUAGGGGUAAAGGCUUCAUAACUUUGGAUUUGUCUAAGGAUUAUUAGAUAAGACACCAAAAACAUAAACAACAGAAGAAAAGGGGGAAAAAAAAAGAUAAAUUGGACUUCAUCAAAAUUAAAAAGUUUGUGCUCCAAAGGACACCGUCGAAAAAGUACAAAGACAACCCACAAAAUGGAAGAAAAUAUUUACAAAUUAGAUAACCAAUAAAGGAUUGGUAUCUAGAAUAUGUACUCUUAUAACUCCGUCAUAAAAAGACACGUUACCCAAUUUUAAAAUGAGCAAAGGAUUUGAGUAGAUAUUUAUCCAAAGAAGACAAAAUUGUCCAAUUAACACAUGAAAAAAUGCUUGACAUCCUUAGUCAUCAGGGAAAUGCAAAUAAAAACCCUAGUGAGAUACCACUUUAUACCCAUUAGGAUGUCUAGAGCCAAAAAGAUGAAGCUUUGGCAAAGAUGGGGAGAAACUGGGACUGUUAUACUGCUAAUGUGAAUGUAAAAUGGUACAACUGCUUCAAAAAGCAGUCUGUCAUGGAGUGCCCUUCAUGGCUCAGUGGUAACAAACCCGACUAAUAUCCACGAGGACAGGAGUUCAAUCCCUGGCCCUACCCAGUGGGUUAAGGAUCCCUGCAGUCUAGGUCAUAGACGUGGCUGGGAUCCUGCGUUGCUGUGGCUGUGGCCGGCAGCUGUAGCUCCAGUUCAACCCCCUAGCCUAGGAACUUCCAUAUGCCAGAGGUGCAGCCCCAAAAAGACACACACACACACCAAAAAAAAAAAAAAAAAAAAAAAAAAAAAAAAAGAAGAAGAAGAAAAGCAAGGUAGUCUGCCAGUUUCUCAAAUGGUUAAAUGUAGACUUUACUGUAUGACCCAGCAGUUUCAUUCACAGUUGUAUACCCAAGAGAAAUGAAAUGAAACAUGUCCACACACAAACUUGUACACAAAUGUUUAUAGCAGCAUUAUUUAUCAUAGCCAAAAGGUAGAAACAACCCUAAUGUCCAUCAACAGAUGAAUGGACAAACCCAUUUGUAUGUCCAUACAAUGGAAUUUAAAUAUUUGGCUGUAAAAAAGAAUAAAGUACUGACACCUGCUGAAGUACUGAUAAACGGAUGAACUUUGAAAGCAUGCUAAGUGAAAUAAGCCAGUCAUGAAAGGCCACAUACUGUAUGAUUCUAUUCCUACCAAAGUCCAGAAUAGGGAAAUCUGCAGAGACAAAGUAUAUUAGUAAUUUCUUAGAGCUGGAUAGGGAUGGGAAGAUGGGGGGUGAUAACUUAAAAGAACUGGGUUUCUUUUUCUUUUCUUUUUAUGGCCACACCUGGGGCAUAUGGAAGUUCCUGGGCUAGGGGUCGAAUUCUAGCUGCAGCUGCCAGCCUAUGCCACAACCACAGCAACACCAGAUCCUUAACCCACUGAGAGAGGCCAGGGAUGGAACCCACAUCCUCACAGACACUAUGUUGGGUUCUUAACCCGCUGAGGCACAAUGGGAACUCCCUGGGAUUCUUUUUGAGGCGAUGAAAAUGGUUGAAAAUUGACUGUGGUGAUAGUUGCACAUACCUGUGAAUGUAAUGAAAGCCAUUCAUUGUGCACUUUAAAUGGUUGAUUUGUAUGGUACGUGAAUUCCAUCUCAAGCUGUAGUGCAGCAGGUUAAGGAUCUGGCAUUGCCAUAGCUGUGGUGCAGGUUGCAGCUGCAGCUUGGAUUUGAUCCCUGGCCUGGGAACUUCCAUAUGCUGUGAGGGCAGCCAAAUAAAUAAGUAAAUGUGCCAUUGGCUACCAGGUAUGUCAGUCUAAAGCUUGAAGGAGAAGCCUGGUUUGGAAAUAAAGACUUGGGAAUCAUCAUUAUGUGGAUGGAAGUUUAGACUAUGAGAAUGGAUAAGAUCACUUUGGAAGAACAUGUAGAACGAAGGAGAGAAGCUCGGGGUUCUCGUCGUGGCUCAGUGGUUAACGAAUCUGACUAGGAACCAUGAGGUUGCAGGUUCGAUCCCUGGCCUCGCUCAGUGCAUUAACGAUCUGGCGUUGCCGUGAGCUGUGGUGUAGGUCCCAGAUGCGGCUCGGAUCCCGCGUUGCUAUGGCUCUAGUGUAGGCCGGCGGCUACAGCUCCGAUUAGACCCCUAGCCGGGGAACCUCCAUAUGCUGCACAUGCCGGACCACAGAUGGGAAGGCUUUUAUCUACAUAGCUCCUCUGUAAAGUCACUCUUGUCAAGGUCUCAAAUUACCUCCAUGUUUCAAAAUCCAGUGGUCUAUUUUCAGGCAUCUUAUCCUCAAACUCUUAAACAGGAAUGACAGUUUAUAGUGCCCUUUUUUUUUUCUGUCUUUUUUAGGGCCGCACCCGGGGCAUAUUGAAGUUCACAGGCUAGGGGGCCAGUCAGAGCUGCAGCUGCCAGCCUAAGCCACAGCCACAGCAGCGUGGGAUCCAAGCCUCGUCUGUGACCUACACUGCAGCUCAUGGCAAUGCUGGAUCCUUAACCCACCAAGGAAGGCCAGGGAUUGAACCCCCAUCCUCAUGGAUGUUAGUCGGAUUCAUUACUGCCAAGCCAUGACGGGAACUCCUAUGGUGCCCUUCUUAAAAUGUUUGAAAAUUUUGUUCUCUAAGAUCCCUUUUUGUUUGCUUGCUUUUAAAUUCUAUUUCUUUGUUGCUCCUUUUAUUACUUUUUUUAUUUUUUGGCCACCUCCCGGCAUUUGGAGUUCCCGGGCCAGGGAUCAGAUCCAAACCACAGUUGCCACCUAAGCUGCAGCUGUGGCAAUACUGGAUCCUUAACCCCCUGUGUCUGGAAGGGGAUUAAACCUUCCUCCCAGUGCUCUCAAGACACCAGCAAUCCAGUUGCACCACAGCGGGAACUCCUGUUGCUCCUUUUAAAUAAAUCUUGUUGGAUUUUCUUUCUCUCUGACCUCUACUAGUUGGAAUGUCUCAGGAUUAGAGGGCUUAGUCUCUAGUCUGCUUCUCUUUUCUUCCACAUUAACUAAGUGAGUGCUCCCCAUCCAGUGGCUAUUGAUGCCAUUUAUACCUUAAUACCUCCCCAAUUUACACCACAUAUUGUUUCCUAUGAACUUCAGAUUCGUAUUUCAGUUGUUUACUCAUUAGCUCCAUUUGGAAAUCUGAUAGGCAUCUCCAGUUUAACAUGUUUAAGGUAGAACUGGACAUUUUUCCUCCACCAAAAUCUCCUCCUGACCACCCCCCACCUCAGCCCCCAGGCUCUAUCUCAGCAAAUGGCAUUACUAUUUGUCCUAUUGCUCAAGUUAAAAAAAAAAAAAAAAAAAAAAAAAAAAAAAAGGAGAUCUCUUGAAUCUUUAUCUUACAUCCCAUAUUCAAUCUAUUAGCAAAUCACCUCUGCCACCUUCAGAAUACAUCCUGAAUCCAACCACUUCCUACCACUUCCACUGCAAUAGUCUUGCAGGCCUAUUGCUUGCAGGCUGAGCAAUAGAUUCCUAACUGGUCUUUCAGCUUCUGUUUUGCCUCCCUGCAGGUAGUUCUCAAAGAAUCAAGCAGAAUGAAUCUCUUCAUUUGUAAAUUAGAUCAUGUCACCAUGUCACUCUCACCCAAAACCCUCUAUAACUUCCUAGUACUCUUAGAAUAAAAUCCAAAGUCUUCUCAUUGGUCUGUAAGGGAUCUGACUCCCACUGUGUUUCUCCAAACUAAUUUCCACCUGCUCUUUUUUUUUUUUUUUUUUUUUGUCUUUUUAGUGCCACACCCAUGGCAUAAGGAGGUUCCCAGGCCAGGGGUCUAAUCGGAGCUACAGCUGCUGGCCUAUGCCACAGCCACAGCAAUGCAGGAUCUGAGCCGAAUCUGUGACCUACACCACAGCUCACGGCAACGCCAGAUCCUUAACCCACUGAGCAAGGCCAGGGAUCGAACCCGAAACCUCAUGGUUCCUAGUUGGAUUCGUUAACUACUGAGCCACAACAGGAACUCCCUACCUGCUCUUUUGCCACAUUGGCUUCCUUGUUAUUCUUUGAAUUCACCAAAUGCACUCAAACUUCAAGUCUUUUUAUAUUGCUGUUUCUUCUACCUGGAAGAUUCUUUCCCCAGUGUGUGUGCCUUCUGUAUCACUUCAAAUCUUUGUUUGAAUGUUACCUCAGCAGAGGGGCCUUUCCUGAACCUCAUAUGUAAAAGAGCAUACCUACUCAAAUAACCCACUUUUAUCCUGCUUUAUUUUCCUUUUCUUUGCUCCUUAUAAUCUGUUCUGUGUGUCCCUCUUCCCCUUACACUCCCAACCCCUGCAUCAAUAAAUAAGUUCCAUGAAAGCAGGAA